GGGAUCAACUCAAUAAAAACUGCAGGAAAAACUCAAUAAAGUCAUUGAUUUUUGCACUCGAAGCUAAAUGUGGAAAAAAUUUGACAGUUCUUUUUUUUAUUAGUACCACAAACCCAGCUGAUCCACUAAUGAAGCGAUAAAAACUUCGGAAAAGAUUAAUUUUAUUAUGAAUUCUUUUUCGGGGUAUUCAAGAAAAAUCUGUCGUACCUGCCUCGAGGAAAAUGGAAAAUUCCGUUCGAUUUUCACCAAGAGUAAUCGUCUGGGAAUAUCUGCUGAAGAAAUGCUUCAAUCUUUUUCAAACGUAAAAGUGAUAAAGGAUGAUAAACUUCCUGGAUUUAUUUGCUAUAAUUGCUUGCACAGACUAGAAAAUGCAUAUAAAUUCAAAAUAGUCUGUGAAUCCUCUGAUUACUAUUUGAGGGAGUGUCUUCUGAGGAAUAUCGACAUCUCUUCCAGAUCCGGGAAGGUAAGGAAGAAGACUCCAGAUGACAAUGUGAAUAACGACCAAAAGAUUGGUCAGGAAAAAGUUUAUAAAUCUGCGGAACCAAAAGUUCCACCAACAAAAAGGGAUUCCUAUUCGAUUGCUAGUCUUGUGCCAGAAUUCGAUGAGAGCAGCAGGAAGGAUGGGGAAAAAGGGAAAAAACGGAAAGUAAAGGAGCCACAGAAGUGUUUCAAAUGUGGGAAGACUUUCCAGUACCGGGGUUACUUGACAACCCAUCUACGCACCCACACAGGAGUCAAACCCUUUGAAUGCCCGGUUUGCAAGAAAAAGUUUGCCCAAGCUGGAAACGUUCAUCUUCAUCUAAGGACUCAUAGUCGCGAACGAAGAUAUCAAUGUGAGAUAUGUAGCAAAAUGUUUACAACAUCGAGCAAUCUCUAUGCUCAUCACAGAACUCACUCCAUCGAGAGAAAUUUCAUCUGCAGCAUCUGUUCGAAAGCCUUCAAGACUUCGGGAGAGCUUGCAAGUCAUGCAGGUACUCACAGUGGACUUAAGAGUCAUGUUUGCAAGGUCUGCGGUAAAGCAUUCUAUAAAACAUCCUAUUUGAAUCUCCACAUCAGAACUGUACAUGUGGGCGAGAAGAGGCACAGGUGCACGGACUGCGGUAAGGAAUUCUCAAGUCGUUCCAAUCUUACGUGUCACUUUCGUAUUCACACGGGUGAAAAGCCUUUCGCAUGCAAAUUCUGUGGUGAUAAAUUUAAUCAAUCAUCUGCUCUUAUGCGACACGCUAGGCAGCACACGGGUGGGAAGAAAAUCUCCCCGAAGGAUGCUGCGGCAAAGUCAGAACAAUCUCAGAAUGUUCGUAAAGUUGGGAAUUUCUCAGAAUCUGAAGAAAUCCCACAAAAUCCCAUGGCUGUCCCAGCUGUAACGUACUCCUCGUAUUAUCUAAAAUUCCAUGAUCCCCAGGAAGCACCACCGGGAAUUAUUGUCUGUGAUCAACCACCACCGGAAAGUAGUUAUGAUUUCACAAAACCACCCACAAUUGAUUACAUCAAAACGUACUCUACAUAUCCCUUUAAUUCUUUAACACACUAAACAGAAUUAUAAAGAACUCUGUGUUGGACCAAACUGUUCUGCUGCUAAUCCCAUAGCUUCACUGGCCAUUGGUACCAGAACUUCCGUAGCAGCUGAAAUACAAAAUUUCAAACAUAGUUUUCGUUCGAAUCCUGAAAAAAGUGUUGUGGAUUGAAUAACUUACUUAUUUGCCCAUAUUUCAUUCCUAGCUGCAUCCAAGGUUCCAUUUGGGACAUAUCUUGCCUCUUAAUCCUUGGUCCUUUAUCAGUAGGUUGUAAAUGCCCAUUUUUACUAAAUAAAAUGAGGCAAAUUAUCAUCAAAAGCACCCUCAUCGCUUUAUUAGUCCAACAGCACUGUCUCACCCACUGAUGUACACCUAUCUUCACCUGUAGAACUUUUUAUAGACCUACAAAAGUUACCCAUGCCCCACUCCAGAGGUAAAUCAGAGACCGUGGUCUGAAUUAGUAGAAAUUGAUAGAGAACACCAAACAUUUAGCAUAAAAAACCUCAUUUAGAAUAUAUACUGACAAAGUAUUGAUAAUAUUAUUGCAAUUCGUACAUUUUUAUUAUUCAAUUCCGAGACAAUUUUCAUUGUAAAGCCUCUAUCUAAAGGAAGUGCUUCCGGAAUGCAAUUUUAUUACAAGUUACACCUUUAUUACAGUUUUUUAUUCUCAUUCAGUUUAUAUCAUAGUUUUCUCUUCGAUUUAGUUACUCUCAGGGGAGAUUUUGGGAGAGAGAGAUUAAAGCGAAAAAAGGGUUCUUAUAUAUUUAAUUACUAAGUUGCACGUAAAUAUAUCUUGUGACUUUGAGUAUGCAAUCCUUAAAUAUAUCAUUAACAGUUUUGUCUCAUUACUCAUUUUUUUAUAAUACAUAUUUUGUUAACUAAUGAAAUAUACGCGUUUUAAAUAUUACACAAUUUUAA